AAUUAUUGGCCUUUUCAACAUGAUCGAACUUUCUUCUCAGUUUCCCUCUUUUAUCUGUUCUUGAUCAAUACCACAAAAAUACUUUCACAGUCACAAUUCACAACAAUCACUCAAUCACAAUUCAAAAUUCAGAUUCAGCAGCACACAACAUUGCAAAUUCAUCCAAUAAUUUCACCAGAUUGUAGUUUGUUUAACGAACACUGAAAAACCCAAGAAAAAUGAGCGAAGAAGGGAAGAUUGUUUAUCAUCAUCAUGAAAGGCAUGGAGAUUCAGAUCAAGCUCCUCCGCCUCCACCACCUGUUGUACCUCAAUAUGGUACUUUUCAAGGAGUUCCUUCUUCUCCUGCUAUGGGUUUUCCUCAACCUGCUCCACCUCCUGGUGCUAUGGAUCUUCCACCCGAUUACUAUACCCGCGGUUAUCAAGCCGUUCCAGGUUAUGCGGUUGUUGAAGGAAUGCCAAUGGGAGAGCAUCGUCUUCCUUGCUGCGGUAUUGGUUGUGGUUGGUUCUUGUUCAUAAUUGGAUUCUUCCUGGCUGGAAUCCCUUGGUAUUUUGCCGCAAUUUUAUUGAUUUGUUGCAGGAAUGUGGAGCCAAGAGAAAAGCCAGGAUAUGUUGCCUGCACUAUUGCUGCGGUGUUGGCAAUUAUAGCCACCAUAUUUGGUGUAUCAAAACUUAAUGAUUGAGCAUAUCAUGGAGCAUUCCAAUAUCAUGAAAAGAAACCAUGUUUAUAGCUUGUAUUGCAGUAUUUGGUGUUCCUAAAAGAAGCAAUUUGGUGUAAUACUAAUAGUAAUACCACCUUCACCUUAGUAGACUUGACAUUUAAAUUUCGUUGGUGUGAUUGUAUAUAUAAUUUGUUCUAUUUGUAUCACCAUCCUUUUAGCAUUUAACAUUUGUUUGUGAUUUGUAUUACUAAAUUAUUUGUAUUAACUUUUGAAGCUAUGCAUGAGAAUGGUUCAUUUACAUCA